CCUCUAUCAUCAACUCUUCCAUACCUUAUACUAUAAAUAAUCAUCAAAUUAUCAUCUUCAUUUCAUAACUUAAUUUCAAAUUCAAAAAUUAUCUCCUUAACUUUUCUUUCCCUUCUAUUACAAUUUGCAUCAAGAGUUCUUCUACCUCAGCUCAGUAGCUUCCAUAACAAUAUGAAGAAAGUUGUGUUAAAGUUGGAAAUAAAUGAAGACAAAAUCAAGCAAAAAGCUAUGAAAGCAGUCUCUGGCCUUUCAGGGGUUGAAUCAGUUUCAAUAGACAUGAAAGACAAGAAAAUGACCUUAAUAGGAGAUAUUGAUCCAAUACGUGUAGUGGCUAAGUUAAGGAAGUUAUGUCAUGCAGAAAUACUUUCAGUUGGACCAGCUAAAGAGGAAAAGAAAGAAGAACCUAAAAAAGAUGAUAAAAAGAAGGAAGAUGAUAAGAAAGAUUCAACAAUGAUAAUUAAUCCUUUCAUGCUCUAUGGUACACCUACUACCUAUUAUAAUCAUCAGAUGAAUCCACAAUACAAUUCAUACUACCGUGCCGUAAGCGUUGAAGAGGAUCCUAAUGGCUGUGUCAUCAUCUAAAUUUUUUAUAUCAAGUUUGAUAAGAAAAAAUUAAUUCAAUUUUUUGGUUGUAUUUUCUUUCUUUUUUCUGUGUUUUAUGAGUUGUAAAAGUAGUCUGAUGUACAGUGUUGGUUAUAAUACGAGGUUUGUGAGUCUAUUCUUCAUAUAGCACAUUCCUGACCAAUAUGAUAUUCUAAACUUACACUUCAA